GCCAGUAAGGCAGGCCCGAGCUGUUUUUAUUUUGUGUGGAGAAGAGAGGGAGGCACAGAGACUUCAUACACAUGAAUAGCCUCUUUUUCUGAAGUCUCUGAAGGAGGGAAUUUACUGCGUUCCCACUGCUGCAGUGUAGCGGAUGGGAAGGAGCGGUUGAGAGGGGAGUUAACAGGUGAUUUUGAGGAUGAUAUUGGAGUCCAUCCAAACUCUAUCUCAGAUGUGAACAGCAAUAUACUUCCUGAGCAAGCAAGAUGACCAGUAUGAUUAAUCAAUUGCAGAGAACAUGUGUUGUGCUGUAGGACAGGCUGAUUUUGCAGGCUAAUUUUGGUCAGUCAUGUCUCAGUCAGGUAAAAUCCUCCACCUGUAUGUAGAGGUGAGAUCUGUCACUGAUGAAGAAGGAAAAGACCUGGGAGAUGUGGCGAAAACAGACUCCCUCAUGUUGACAGCACCAGACAUCCUUCAGUCAUCGCAGUAUAGUGGCCCUAAUGCACCACAUGGCCAGACAUCCCCACGUGGAGUCCUGCAUAAAGAUGGAAGCAGCACCCAGACCUUGGCCUCUAGUAAAUCAACAUCUAGACACUCCGUAAGUUUUCAGCUACAUCCAGGACAUGACUCAGACCAACCGGUGACACAACACCAGAAAAGUCUACCUUAUGAUGAGAUAAACCAGUUACUGUCUGCCUUUCAAACAGAUCCCACUGGAAAUGCAUGUCACUUGGUGUGUGCUCCUUCUGAACGUGACCCCUUCUUUGGGAAGGAACCUCACUUCUCAGGACGGUUUACUGCCCCUCCCACUCCCAGUGGAACUCGUAAAGCUUGCAGCCCAACUAAAAUGAAGGGAGGAAAUGAAGGGAGGCGAUCUGUUGCCACUUUCAGUUACAUUGAAAAAGCUAAAAUUAAAUCAGUAGAGGGUCAGUAUAGCUCUUUGUGCCAAAGCAAGCCUCAGAAUCCUUUCAACAGAACCAUGGAGGAGAGUGCUACCCCUCUCCACCUCAGGAUAAGGCUCAGUGAUCCAGUGUGGCUCAACAGCUUGGAAUCCAUGAACAACUGUAGUUCAAAACAGCUUAGUCAAGGUUUGGGGAACUCACAUAUAGGUACUUCCAGCUUUAGGAGGGCAACUCUAGACUCCAUUGCCAGAGAAGCCACCCAUCGAGCAUUGGAAGAAUUCGGUUCCCCACAAAUAAGGCAAAAACUGGCAGGCAACUGUCCUGAUAGAGGUCAUGACGUCAGAAGAGGAGAUCAGCGUCGCUGUCGGUCUUGGUCUGGAUCACCAGUGAUACCAUGCAGUUCUAGGACCCUGCCCACUAAAGCAACAAUAAUGGACCAUGAGCGGAAUAGUUUGUUUUAUAGAAUUCCUAGGAGCCACGCUACAGACCAACUGUCUAACCAUGCCAAGCAAGCUUACUUUACAAUGUCACACUCAACCGCCAACACUCAGGAGGUCUCAAACCAAAGAGUGCAAGGGUAUAGGUUUCGCCCAAAUUUACCAUCCUGUAAGCCUACAGCUAUUCAACAUGAACUGCCAGCUAUGAUUUUACUUCAACCAUCAAGCAAUCAACAAAACAGUCAUUCCAUAAGUGAUAGUCCAUGGCAAGCCCACAGAGUUAAUUUCAACCUGGCCAACUCAAAAAAUAAGGUAGAAGAAAGAGCUAACCAACUGAGUGGAAGGAGGAGCGUAUCCCCAGCCACAAGUCCCGAGAUAGCUUGUAAACUAGCAGAAGAAGCCACCAAACUUUCCAUACUUAUGGAAGCCCGGAGGUCUCCAACCCCAACCCCAUCAUCGACAGACACAGUAAAGUCUGACAGUCCCCAGCUGGGACAUUCAAGAGAGCCUCAGCUCUAUGCUAGCUUCCAGGGCCCUGGAGCACAAACUCACUCUAAUUGCAACCUUCCUGGUCAGGAGUACAACUGUAAACAAGAGUCUGUCAAAACUGGUCACCACUCUGUUCAAACAACUCCUCUUUUGCCCCACAUUGGAAGUAUAUCUCCAGCAGCUCCAGCAAGGUUGAACCGAUCAGAUGUAAUACCGUCCUCUCCAAUACGAGACCCACGGAUAGAGAGAACACCGUUGGUAGGGAAGGACAGCCCGACUUUGCAUCGGCACCUGUCUUCCCAGUACACAAGAGACAAUCAUACACCUAGCUAUGAGCGUAGGCAGUAUGAGACACUCAGAGGUCUCAAAGACAGCCCAAAUAGCAGCAGGAGACAUUUCACAAGGCCUAACCUAGAGACAUCAAGCUGGACCGCUCAGCAAAAGCAUGGGAAAGAGGAAUGCUUAGCCAGAGAAAAGGGAAACUUGAGGGAGAUGGACAGUCAUAAGAGCAAUAGUCCAACAACACCAGUCUCUCAAGAGAACCAUUGUAGGGUCUCAAUGCAGAAAAAUGAGAUGAAAGCUGACACUAGGACUAACAAGGACUGGAGUGGUACAGCAUCACAGAGUUCCAGUGGGGUCACAGGCAGCCUUAUAGAGAGCACGCUACAUGAGAAAGACUGCAUAUCCUCUGAAAUAUCUAGCAAAACCAGCCAGAAGAGUUCUGACUCUGGAAACACAGGCAUACAGUCUGAAAGUGGACCAUUUCUUCUGAGGCCUUCCUUGCGCUCUCAGAAGAUUGCUCGUGCCAAAUGGGAGUUCCUGUUUGGGUCCCACUCCGAUCAACAAGAUCAGCAUGAAACAAAUGGCUCCUCCACCACACCCUCCAGUGGUUGUUCCAGUGAGUCUCCAACACCCAUUCCACCCUUGUCUACCCCCGUAAGGCCAAUAACAACCCACUCAAGACACUGUAAAUCAACUGGCUCUUCGAAAUCUGCAUGCCACAAUGUACAGCAAGUUGAAGUGGAGUUGAUAAACCAUCAUCCCACAAUGGAGCGCUCCAAUAAGACCGGCAUCACCAGACGUAGUGUCAAAUAUUCAGAGACAGACAUAGAUGCGGUGCCCCAGCGCUGUUACAGGGAAACAGACCUUGAUGAGGUGAUGCUGGCAGAACAGGAGGAGGUGGACUCUGCUUUUGGCAGUAACCGCAGUGUGCUAGGCACCUCAGGCACUAACAGCAGCAGCCCCCUGGAGGGAGUGUUGUGCCCACAUACAGAUGGUGAGGAGGAGCUGCAAGAUGAAGAGGUGGUGAGCUGGGCCAGUGUGAGGAUGCAAGGUGACAAAAAGAGGCAAAAUGCCACACCUGAGGGAGAUGAAGUGUUUAGUCGACUGCUAAGAGGUCCCCCAGAUUGCCAGCCUGACAGCCACACGGCUUUGAAGUCUCCCAUCUCUGUCACCAGCCCCUGCCGAAUCUCAUCAGAUGGCUUGGACUCCUUCAGCAGACACUUUGAGAGCAUUAUGGAGUCGCACCGUGCCAAGGGCACCUCUUAUAGCAGCCUGGAUAGUGAAGACAUCACCCCUAGUGGCCCACCUGUCUUCACUUUUGACUUUCCGACUCUCACUCCUGAGAUCCAGAGUCAGAUCAGUGAAAGUGCCAAGCAGAUAAUCGAACUGAACUUCUCUCCUCUAACGUGCCCCGAACCACCUGCUGUGUCUGAUCCCACAGAGUGUGAGGCCUCCCAGGACCUGCACAGGGAGGACCAGAGUGGUGUCUGUGAAGAAGAGAGUCCAUUCUGCAGUGGAUCCUGCUCUGAUCAAGCCUGCAGGCCUGAUUCAGACACAGAUGCUUCCAUAAGAGAGAGGCCAUCACGGCCGGUGUCUGAGUCCCAUCCAGAGGUGGCUGAGCGAUUGGCUGUGGGCAGCGCUGAAACUCUGGCCAAUGGCAACAAAUCUGACCUCCAAGCUGCAAAACGGUUGGCCAAACGUUUGUACAGUCUUGAUGGAUUUAAGAAGUCAGACGUGGCACGUCACCUGAGCAAGAACAAUGAUUUCAGUCACAUCGUGGCGGAGGAGUAUCUCAGUUAUUUUAACUUCUCAGGGAUGAUGGUGGAUCAAGCAUUAAGAAUGUUUUUGAGAGAGUUUGCCUUGAUGGGAGAGACACAAGAGAGGGAGCGAGUAUUAUCCCAUUUCUCUAAAAAAUACCUGCAGUGCAAUCCGAACACUAUACUAAAUGAAGACAGUGUUCAUACACUGACUUGUGCCUUGAUGCUGCUCAACACUGAUCUGCAUGGUCAUAACAUCGGGAAGAGGAUGUCCUGCAUGCAGUUCAUUAGUAACCUGGAGGGGCUAAAUGAUGGCCAAAACUUCCCAAAAGAUCUUCUCAAGGCUCUCUACAACUCUAUCAAAAAUGAAAAGCUGCAGUGGACAAUCGAUGAGGAGGAACUGCGGAAGUCUUUCUCUGAGCUGGACGGCAGGAAAGACUCCACAUCACACACUAUGAAGCGGAUCAACAGUGGUGGAAACCCCCUCAUCAGUGUUGCACAGCAGUCCAGCGCUCAGGUCUACAUGAAUGGCUUUCUCGUGCGGAAAGUUCACGCUGAUCCUGAUGGCAAGAAAACUCCACGAGGUAAAAGAGGAUGGAAGACAUUUUAUGCUAUCCUAAAAGGACUGAUUCUCUACCUGCAAAAGGAUGAAUACCGUCCGGAUAAGCAGCUGUCUGAUGAGGACUUGAAGAAUGCAGUAUCAAUCCAUCAUUCUUUAGCCAUGCGGGCAGCAGACUAUAGCAAGCGACCCAAUGUGUUUUAUCUUCGCACUGCUGACUGGAGGGUCUUUCUUUUCCAGGCCCCCAACGCAGAGCAAAUGCAGUCCUGGAUAACCCGCAUCAACACGGUGGCAGCCAUGUUCUCUGCCCCUCCCUUCCCAGCAGCCAUUGGCUCCCAAAAAAAGUUCAGCCGCCCUCUUCUGCCAGGUUCAAACACCAAGCUCCCACAGGAGGAGCAGCUUAAGUCUCACGAGACACGGUUUCGAGCCAUUUCUGCUGAGCUCCAGGAACUACGCUCUAUGCCCCAAGACCGCAAGACCAAAAGCAGGGACCAAGAAGAGUACAAGCAAAGGGAAGAGUAUCUGGACUUUGAGAAAACACGCUACGGAACAUAUGCAAUGCUGCUGAGAGCUAAGAUCCGCAUAGGGGAAACGGACCUGGAGGCAUUUGAGGCCCGUUUGUUUGACGACGGCGGCCUGCAGAGGGCCCACUCCAGCCCCACGUUACCCCAGGACAACAGCCAUGCCAGCAGCACCAAAGAGUCGAGCAGGAGCAGCGGCAGCAUGAGGACCAAACGCUCAGACGGUCAGAGACACAGCUACAGACAGGCUGUCAAACAGUGACAGAACCCAAGCGGAAGGGGUUGUUUAUCUCGAUUCAGGGGCUGAAUAUAUAGAGCGUUACCAGGAUGGCUGCAGUUUACUUUGAUGACUGCUCUCAAGUCGUCAUGAUUAUGAAACUGUGAUUGGGGUUGCUGUGCCCCACGUGACCGCUGGUAAAGCAUGCUUUUCUGGCCAGUAACCGCAAGCCCAUAUCUGCCAGCGGGCAGAUGAGAAGGAGCACCAGCCUCACAUUGUCUUAUUUCUGUCAGUCUGUGUUUUUACCACAAACCUGUUCGGUUUAUCUGUCUAUUAUGCUUGUUGAUCGUCAGUUUAAACACUCAUGGCUUUUCAAGCUGAAGUGCAAACUUCAUUUGGUGGCCCUGGGAGCGGCAGCCAUAUGAGAAGCGAACCUCUUUAUUGUGUGAACAUAUACUGUUCACUAUAUAUUUAAAGCAUUGUAGAUUUUGCUUUUAAGACUAUCAUUUCAUAAUUUGAGGUCGAUCAAGUGCUUUAACUCCUCAUGAGAAGUUCGAGAACUUAGCCUUUAUAGUCCUUUAAACCUUCUUAAAGCACGUCUCAAAGCAUGCCUAAGAUGUUUGAAGACAAUCAGUUCCUCAUUUGGUACAAUUACUAAGAAAAUGAAUGCAUUAUUUUUCUUUUUACCAUGACAACUGACUAGUGAUAAUGACAAAUGUGCAAAUAGCACAUUCCUUGUGAAAAAUAGGUGCGCUUAAUUGUAUUGUAUGAAUGUGCACUUGUAGUACUUCAAAUCUUAAAAGUAUACUUUUAAGAAACUGUACUUGAGGAUAAUAUAAUAUUAAUGAAAUUAAGGCCACUUAUGUGGACUUUGACUUGUUUUGUAACACACUUUGUAAUGAUGUCAGUUAUUUUAAAGUACAUUUUAAAUCAUUUCGUUUUAAUAAUCGCUUUA